AGAAGAUGAUGAUGAUUAUUAUGCCACCAUGGCUCCUCCUGGCUUUGCUUGGGGCACUCAUAAAGACCCUGAACCUGCUUUAGAGGAAAGUGAAAGUGAGGAAGAAGGUCUUGAUGAAGUUGAUGAUGUUGUUGAAGAAGAACAUGAAAAUGAAGUUGAGGCCCAGGUAGAAGUGCAGCCAGUUGUUAACAAGUCUCCUGAAGCCUCUAUUGUCACUAAAGAGACAGAAAAACAGCUUUCAAAGAAGGAACUGAAGAAGAAGGGGCUUGAGGAACUCGAUGCUAUUCUUGCUGAGUUAGGAUACACCAAACAGGAUAAGAGUAGCCCCAAUGACUCCCAUGGCAUUGGACAGGGGGAAAAUACAGAGAGCUUUGCAGAAACGGAAAAGAAAGUGAAUGCUCCUACAGAGAGCAAAAGUGUCAAAAAGAAGAAAAAGAAGGAUAAAUCAUCAAAGGAGGUGAAAGAAUCAUCACAGGGCCAGUCUGAAGGCAUUGGUACCGGAAAUAACGCUGAAGAAACUGGUGAAACUAAGAAGCCAGAAGAGACAUCUGCUGUUGAUGUGAAAGAGCGGCUGAAAAAAGUAGUUUCUACAAAGAAGAAAAAAUCAAGUAAAGAGAUGGAUGCUGCUGCACGAGCUGCUGCCAAUGAGGUUGCUGCAAGGAGUGCAAGGCUUGCUGCUGCUGCAAAGAAAAAGGAGAAGAAUCACUACAAUCAGCAGCCUGUGCGGUAAAAUGUCAAGAGAUUUGGAUUUUGCUUUUCAUUUUAACUUGUUACAUAUGAAUCUGUACCCCACUCCAGUUCGUUUUGUUAAUGGAAAAUAAACAUCAGUAAAUGGUUUUUGCUAUUUCGACUUUCUGAGAAAAAAAAAUUCAGUACAUUUAGUCUUGGUGUUUCUUCUUUCUCCUGGAUGUUGGUGGAAAUUCAAAUUAGUAGUAAUAUUUUAUAGGGUACACCUUGUCGCAGAUAGUUUUCUUUAGCAAUUUACUAGGAACUUGUAUUAAUAUUCUGACUGAAGAGCUUGGUAUGCUUGAAAGGCAAGUUCUGUCAUAAA